CGCUCAGCCCGCGGCCAGCACGGGAGCGCCGCUUUUACCCCGUGGCAUGAAAAACGAUGGAAUUGGGGGAAGAUUUUCUUGCUGGCAAUGAAAACUGUUCCCAGAGAAAAGGACGGCAAAGCUGGUCAAGAGGCUGAGGUUCCUUUUGUAGAGGCCUGUAAGGAUUUGAUGAUAUGAAUCCAGAUAUUUCCAGGAUGGCUCGCUCUCUGUAUGAGUGGCUGUGGCAGCACGAGUUCUGGCUGCCCCCAGGAAUCACCUGGGAGGACAUGCAAGAAUCUGAAGACACUCAUUACCCUCAACCUCGUGAUCUCCUGCUCAGUAUCCCUUUUGCUUUAAUCUUGGUAGUAAUUCGAUGUGCCUUUGAAAGAGCCAUAGCCCUGCCCCUCAGUACCAAAUUGGGUGUGAGAGACAAGCAGAGACCAAAAGCUCAGCCCAACCCUGUGCUGGAAAUAUUCUAUGGUACACGCCACAAGAACCCUAAAGAGGGUGAUCUGCUCAGUUUAGCUAAGCAAUGUGACCUGCCAGUGCGGAAGGUGGAGAAGUGGUUCCGGCACCGGAGGAACAUGGACCGGCCCAGUCUGUCCAAGAAGUUCAGCGAGGCCUGCUGGAGAUUUACAUUUUACAUCAUUUCUUUCUUCACUGGACUCGCUGUCCUGUACGAUAAGCCUUGGCUUUGGGACCACAGAGAGUGCUGGACAGGAUAUCCACAACAGCCUCUCCAGCCCUCCCUGUUCUGGUACUACAUGCUGGAGCUCUCCUUCUACUGGUCACUGGUCUUCACCUUGCCUUUUGAUGUGAAGAGGAAGGAUUUCAAGGAGCAGAUAGUCCAUCAUGCUGCAACCAUCUUCCUGAUCAGUUUUUCAUACUGUGCCAACUACAUCCGCAUUGGGACACUGGUGAUGGUGAUUCAUGAUGCUUCUGAUUGCUUCCUAGAGCCAACUAAGAUAUUCAAUUACAUGAAGUGGAAAAAAACUUGUGACAGCCUCUUUAUGAUCUUCUCAGCUGUUUUCCUGAUCAGCCGCCUCGUCAUUUACCCCUACACAGUGCUUUAUAACACCUAUUAUUACUCCAUGGAGAUAUUCCAACCCUUCUUUGGAUAUUACUUUGUGAAUGUUCUCCUGAUGAUUCUGCAGCUGCUCCAUGUCUUCUGGUCCUGCCUAAUUAUUCACAUGGUCUACAAGUUCAUCCUCCAGGGCACGAUGGAAAAGGACAUGAGAAGUGACACAGAAGAAAGUGACAAGGAUGAAGAAAGAGAUAAAAUUAAAGGAAAGGAGAAAAAUGGGAUCACAUGUUUCAGCAACAUCACAAGCAAUGGUUACAUCCAGAGGAAUGGAUCUGAGCCCCUGGACAACAGAGCCCACCGUGCCAAUGGCCAUGCCAAGGAAAGAUAGCUGCUGUCCUGUGCUGCUGGCCUGGCCUCCAGCGACCCCAGGCCACCAUCUGUAGAAACAGUUUUGCUCACUGUGUAGAUUAACUGGAGUGCAAUUGCAGUAUUGUAGCUGAAUUCCUGCUUCUCAUGAACUGAAGUGUUUAUAGUCAGUGAAUAUUUGAAGGAAGUUUUUUGUCUUCCUUCAGUAAAAGCUUACUAUAGGUUGUAGCCUCAAAACAGAUAGCAAGGGAUCAAAGUGGUUUGACUUGUAUUAAGACUGUACCAUAAUUGUUGUCAAUUGCAUUAAUCUUGAAAAAUACUUUAAAAAUAAGAAGGUAGAUAAACUCCAGCAGUGUCAAGUUUUACCCACCUAAUGUUUGAUAGGAAUCUGUUUAGCCUGGAUAAGUCUCUGGAGGCCCUGCCUAUUGCCAGUAAUUAUUAUGGCUGACAAGUGACAAACCUUACCACUGGGAUAUCUCGUCUGAGAAAACAGGUGCCCUGUAUACACUUACAGAAUUAAAACUGAGCAUAGUGAAAUGAAAGCUUUUGGAAAGGCAUAAGAUAAAACAUACUCUUCUCAAAGGAAGUACUCUUUGUGCCAGUGACACAUUAUUAGUUUUGUAAUGGUAUGGAUCUCAGUCCCUACUUACUGCCCCUGAGGAGGGAACUCCAAAGCCCAGGCUGGAGGAGUACCCACACAAAUCACAUUGGAAGAGCUGGAAAAUCCAGACAGCUGUUUUUCAGACACUUAGGAGUUGGACUUGGUGAUCCUUGUGGGUCCCUUCCAACACAUAAUAUUCUGUAAUUCUGUGAUAAUUGGUAGUUGGAAGCACGUGUUCUGUACGCUGUGAUCUGAGCGUAUGGUCCCAUCUCUCUGUAGGUGCUGUGCUCAGGAGGGAUAUUGAAAUGAUACAUCAUUUUGUACUACUGAAUGUAAAUGUUCUUUAUAAAUUACUUUUAAAGGUUUGA